UGGCUGCCUACAUCGCGCUCGUGAUUGAGCAGGAAAACGACGCAAGACGAAGUUUGCGGCAGCAGCGCGUCUUCCGGACCCGUCGGACACUAGAUGCAAUAGCCGAUCACCACCUUGAGCGAUACUACCGGCUGCCGAGGUCCGCUGUGCAGCGGCUCUGCGACGCCCUAGCGCCAGCGCUUCGCCGACCGACGGCUCGGUCACAUUCGCUGCCCGUAGACGCCCAAGUCCUGCUGGCGCUCCGUUUUUACGCGAGCGGCAGUUUUCAAUCUGUGGUGGGAGAUGUUGCGAACAUGAGCCAGACCAGUGCCUCGAGGAUUAUUAAUACUGUGAGCGGUGCCCUGUGCGAACUCGCGAAAUCCGGAAUCAAGUUUCCAGCGACGUCGCGGGCCGCACUGCGCACUGCACGCGGUUUCCUGGAGAUCAAUGGGUUCCCCAAGGUGCUGGGGUGCAUAGACGGCACCCACAUCGCCCUGAAGAUUGCCAAACAAGACCAGCACAUCUACAGGAACCGGAAGGGAUAUGACUCUCUUAACGUGCAGGCCAUCUGCAAUGCCUCAAACGAAAUAACGCAGCUGACGGUGAAAUGGCCUGGCAGCACGCAUGACAGUUUCAUGUGGCGGAACUGCGACCUUGCCGACAAGUUUGAGGCGGGGGACAUGCCUGAAGGGUGGUUGCUUGGAGAUGCAGGUUACCCCCUCCAGCCAUGGCUCAUGACACCCUUCCGCAAGCCCCAAAAGAAGGAGGAGGAGAACUACAAUGACUGCCUGACGAAGACGAGACAAGUCAUCGAGAGAACUUUUGGCAUAAUGAAGUCCCGCUUUAGGUGCCUGGACAGGUCCGGCGGUGUCCUGCAAUACUCUCCUAGUGUGUGCUGCCGCUUGAUCGUAGCCUGCGCAGUCCUGCACAACUACUGCACUCGCCACCACAUCUCCCUUGCAGAACCACCCGUUGAAGAAUCCGACGAUGAGGAAGAGGAAGAAGAGGACAGGCCGAGCACCGCCCAAGACACACCCUCUGGCACCGCAGUCAGAAAUGAGCUUGUCAACACCGUUUUUAAGUGAGUUUGUGAUAGCAUGCUACAAAGCAUCAUUGGCUUGAUUGAGAACAUUUUCGACAGAAGAGCUCCAACCAUAAUGCAAAAACAGUUCAGCCCAACGUUUCAAAACCUGCUCGGUUUCUUCAUCAGGGGUGACUAAAUCGCGAGGAGCAGCAGCAGUUUUCAUCUUCUUAGUUGUUUUCGACUUGAGUUUUCUUCUGUGGCGCAGUCCAUGUCCAUGGAUUCCGCUACCUGACGACGGCAACAAACGAGAAACCAUCUGUAUAAUAGAAGAAGAAAAUUCGAGUCAAAAACAACUAAGAAGAAGAUGAAAACUGCUGCUGCUCCUCACGAUUUAGUCACUCCUGAUGAAGAAGCUGAGCAGGUUUUGAAAGGUCGGGCUGAACCAUUUUUUGGAUUUCGGUUGGAGCUCUUCCGUCUAAACCUUAAGCAUCAAUGGGUGCAGGUAAAAGAAAAGCCUUG